AUGCAGCAGCAGAGCAGAGAGGUGCUGAAGGACGUCACGACGGCCCUGCAGCUUGAGCAGGAGCUGCAGCUCUCCCAGGCCCAGCACGGGGUGGCGGUGCUCGACGUGUACAGCUCCGAGUGGGGCAACACCAAGGUGCUCUCGGAGACCUUCCGGCGCCUCUACACCGACGCCGGGGACCAGACGCACCUGCGCUUCUACUCGGUGGAGUGCAACUCCGUGCUAGAGAGCCUCAAGUUCCCCGAGGAGCAGCGCAACCUGCAGCGUCCGAAAAACCUGGAGCUCUGCCGAUACACGCUGCCCACUUUCUGGGAAGGCAUUCUGCACGGGCGGCGCGGGAAGUCCAAGUCGUACUUUCUCUUCUACAAGGAGGGGAAGUGGCGCGCCUUCAUCGAGGGCGUCGACACCCCGAAGAUUGUCAGCUACGUGAGGGAACUGUGCCGGAUUCAGAAGCCGGCUGAGGAGUGCGCCUCCAACGCGGAGCUGCUCAAGUUCUGGGAGCACUACUUCAGCGCCGCCGAGUCCGAGGUCCUCUUUGAAUCCUUCGCGAGUGCCAUCCAGGAGCACCUCGCGGCGCGGCGGCCGCUCACGGAGCGGGAGGAGCGGACCCUCGCGGAGGCCGUCGGGGCGGUGGACGCCAAGGUCUCCAUCCAGGCGCUGGAGGCUUGGCUCGGCGACCACGGGACGCUGGCGCGCGCCUUCGCGCAGCUGUUUCCACGUUUCACGGAGGGGCCGGAGGCGGCGGCCGCCGCGGGGGAUGCGGAGCACGCCCCUUCCAGCGCUCUGGAGGAGGCAGGCGCCUUUGCCAAUGAGCUGGAGACGCCAAAGGGCUUGUGGGCACAUGGUGCGGCGUGGCGGCCGGAGCUCUGGCGCCGCGUCGCGGCAACCCCGCUGCACGCGCCAGCCAACACCAGCCUUGUGCUGCUCCCCGGCGAAGAGGGCGAGGCGGCGGCGAGGGGCUGCCUUCAGCACGCCAAGGACAUUCCCACCCUGCACACCUACCUGGCCGACAUGGGCGUGGCGGAGGCGGACAUCCAAGUCAUGUGCCACGCGGCCGCGGAAAAGAUCCCCUCCGAGGUUCCCGCCUACGGCAAGCUGGGCCUGGUGCUCGCGCUGGCCGACAAGGACCGCGGUGCGGAGCUGCUGGGGCGCCAAGAGGGCCCCUUCGGGCAUCUCGCGGAGGGGACGCUCUUGUCACAGCACCUGCCGCUCGCCUACACCGUUAUCGCUUUGUGCACUUCGGCGGCGCCCGCCGAUGCGGAACUGUAUUACUGCAGCGAUUCCGGCACUCUGGCCUCCGCCGACGGCCUCAAGGUGGGCGAUACGGUGGUGCUGCCUCCUUUUUCGCGCCUGCGAUUGAACGGCGCCGCCGAGGGCGGCUUUACGGUGAAGUUCGUUGGAUUGCCACAGGUCAUUGAGCUCCCCACGGCGGAGGCUGGAGGGAAAACGGUCGUCCUUAGCCCGUGGUACGCCAAGUUUCACGUGACGGAGCGGGAGGAGAACGCCCUCACACUCACCUUCGCGGGGAACGCGGAGGAGGAGAGCUUUCGGCAGUCCGUUCGGCUAUACGCCGAACGCCUCGAGGCGGAUGAGAAGAAGCUGCCGCAGGCGGCGGAUAUAGUCGACGUCCUCGAGCACUCACUAGGCUACGAGCAGGUACCAGAGCCCUUGUCCCUUACAGACCCUCAUCUUCUCGACAACGCCGCCGCGGAGCACGCGCCAGAGCACGAGACCCCCGCCGCGGAGCACGCGCCGGAGCACGAGACCCCCGCCGCGGAGCACGCGCCAGAGCACGAGACCCCCGCCGCGGAGCACGCGCCAGAGCACGAGACCCCAGCCGCGGAGCAUGCGCCAGUUCAUGGGGACGAACUUUCUGAGGGGGACGUUGCCAAGGGCGCUUCCAGUGAUCACCACGCCGCGGAAGCGGAGCUUUGA